AUGAACGCUGGAGACCAUAUUUCCGAUAUUACUAGCCUCAAAAAUGAUGUGAUUAAGUCCAAGAAUGUGGACCCUCCUGAGCAAUUUCAAGUUUUAUCUAAAACGUUUCCUCUAAUAUUCCAAGCUGUUAAGGCCACUAAUGUGUCCAAUUUGUACAGAACGAAUGCUUGCGAUGCAUUAUCGAUAUGGUUUGCUCGUUCUCAACAGCUCGUUAGCAAAAACCCUUUAUUCAAAGAUGAGUUCAUGAACUUUUUCCCUGAAGAAAGUGCAGACUUUACUUUCCAUUAUGUAAUUGAUUUCUGGAAUGAUUCAGGUGCAGCAUUGGGCAAUGCAUUGAAGGAAAUGUUUACCAAAAUGGUUGGUUAUCUGACCUCGAUUUUUCAUGAGGAUGAAAGUGAAUUGAUAUUCAAGCGCUGGUUGUCCGAAGCUUUAGAUCUUCCCUACACUAUGAGAGCACUUUAUUUCAUGGUUGAACAUUUACAUAAACGUGUCAGACAAGUAGAUUAUAUCUUUCAGGUCAAACCAAAUUUCAUCGUCAACUGUUUAGAGAACAUUUGGUCCAAAGCCUUGUCUAGUAUCAUUGGUAAGGCCGUUUUUCUUGUUUUAAGGUACUGCUAUUCAAAGGAUUCAGAGUCAGAAUGGUUAUCUCUAUGGGAAGACCAUUUAAUCGAGCUUUUGGAGCAUGAAGAUCUUAGAAAGGGUAUAGAAAGUUAUCUUUUACCAAAUUUAUUUCAAUUGUCCAAGCCAGCUACCAUACAUUUUUUGAAACGUGUUAUAUCCAAAAACAAUACUCCAGUUUUGAUAUCUGCCUUAAAGGUUGCAAAAGAUUCUGCAAUUGUCUCUGAGCCAUUUUUAGAAAUUGAUCUCAAAACCAAUAAACCAUUACUUGAUAUAAAAGAGCUCUCUGUGUUACUUGAACUUACCUCUGCUUCUUAUCGUGUUGGUGCCUUUCACUUGCUUGUUUCAUCUCCCAAAAAUUCAAUGCCUAUUCCUCGUGUUGUUUACCAGACCAUAAUGGACUCUUUGGACAUGGUGUUUACGGACAGUGAUUUAGAGACUAGGAACGAAAUUUCGGCGUACUUGAAGAAAUUUAUAACCAGAAUCAAAGAGUCGACAUAUGCAGCUAAAAGAGAUGCAACUAGCCUGACAAAGAAAAAUUAUUCGAAAUUUGAAGAUGAAAUCAAAGAGAAACUAAAUAAUGUAGAACAAGCACAAUUAUUCCUUAAACUCUUUCUAACAUUUAUUGAAAACAAUUUAAGACCAGGCGCAUCUUAUUUGCAGAAGGAAAUGGGUUGCCGUCUUUUGUUGGCUUUGAUUAGAAGCGGUCUCGAUUCAAGAGUGGAUCCUUUAUCUUUAGAUAAAUCUAGAAAUGUAAAUUUUGCUUUUAGCAUUGAGAUAUACAAUCCUACAUUAGUUCGGCUUGUAAUAGAUAACAUAUUGGACGAUUAUGAUGAUAUUAGACAGUAUUCCAUGGAAAUUAUUACAAUUGCACCAUUCAAGUUGGAUCAAGUUGUUGACAUGAAACUUCUGGAAUCAAGAGCCAUACAAAUGUUGGCGGAUAUACGGGGGAAAAAUGUUGAUUCUGGUGCUAGAUUUUUUAGAUUUGCGUUUGAAUACUAUCAAAGGAGUCAGGAUUUGGAGAAAUGCAGUGAAAUUGUGAGACUAUUGCUGCAUCGGAUAGAGUUCUCGCUUUUAAGGGCAAAAGACCAGCUGGCAGAUGCAUGCAUUCACAAUAGUAUUCAAGGUUACUUUGCUACUUUUAAAUUUAUCUUUGAGAUAAUGAACUUAAAUUUUUGUGAGAGUAUCCUAAAGAAUUACAAUAUUGUUGAAAGACUUCUCAACGCAACUACUGAAAUUUGGUAUAUUGUGAAAGUCAUUCUGCAACACGAUUCACCAGAAGGUAUGCUUCUGGACAACUUUGAGGAAUCAUACACCAAAGAGAUGGAAAAUACCUAUGGUAAGGGAACACAGGUAUUAUUAAGUUACUCUUGGAGGGCUAUCAAGGAAUCUACGAAUAUGAUUGAUAUUCUCCUUAAACUGAAGACAUCGCCACUAAAAAACAAUCAAAUUAUAGUGCUUGGUGCAUUGCUACGUGAACAACUGGCCACAAUACGACACAGAGGUGCUUUUUCGUCGGUUUAUCCAACAUUCGUCUCUUGCUGUUCUCUAUGUAUGAGAAGAAAGAUGUCGCAAAUUCCAGAACAAUGGCUGAGGGAAAACUUGGAAUUGAUACAGCAAAGAUCCAAAUAUAUCACAAGAAGGUCUGCAGGUAUCCCAUUUUUAAUAACAGCAAUCUUAAGCAGUAAUAAAGGUUUAAUUGCCUCCACAUUUCAAAAGUUACUGGACAUUGCAAACCUACCAAUAGAAGAAGAAGAUGCGGUGGUUGAAAAUAUCAAUCUUCCGCAAGUUAAUGCAUUCAACUGCAUCAAAGUGAUUUUUACAGAUGCGACGUUAUCUGAAGACUCAAUAGGUUACGUGGACCAAGCUUUUGUUUUGACUCUAAAUUCAUUUGCAUCACCAUUUUGGGCUAUUAGAAAUUGUGCCGUUAUGCUAUUUAGUGCUUUGCAAAAUAGACUGUUCAGUAGUAAAAAAGUCAAAGCGAACUAUUUAUCAAGUUACCCAGCUAGACUCUUCUUUGAGAAAUUUACCUCUAUACAUGACAUUUUUCUAAAAACCUUGAAAGAAUCUGUUGAUAGUGGCCUGAGAAAACAGAAGGAAAUCGAGAAGAUCUUCCCAAUUUUAACUGUAAUGAGUAGGUUAGAACCAACGCCUGGCUAUAAAGGUCUAGAUGAUUUUUAUCCUUUGAUCAUUGAGAUAUUGAAGAAUAACACAUGGAAAGUCAGAGAAAUGGCUGCUAGGAGUCUACCUUCUUUAAUUUUUGAUAGUGAGCAUUUUUUCGCUACUAUUGAAAUCCUACUCAGUGAGAUAUUCCCAGGUAAUAAUGAUUUCAAUAAAAUGCAUGGUUGCCUGUUAGCUGUCAAAGAAACAAUUCUGAAAUUUGAAACUCUAUCAACUGAAGAAUCUAACAAAACGUACAAAAAACUACUUGUUGAGAAUAAUUCGACCAGGCAAAAAAUAUUGUCAAAGGUUAACAUUGUUUUGGGAGACCACAAAUGUUACCCAAUUAAGCUUGCUUAUUUUCAAAUUCUCACGGUGUUAGAUGUCAAUACAUCACAAGAUCAUCAACUCCAGGAAAUACUACUGGAAUGGUUUGAAGUGAAUAGUAAAGUCAGGAGCUAUGAUGGUGCCAAACAUUUGACUUUAAAAGAAUUGACACACAUUUUGUUUCCAUUGUUAGAUGAUGAAGCAAAAAGUUUUAUCGACACAUUCUUAUUAUCACCAUAUUAUGAAAUCCAACUAAGUUGUAUUGAAUACUACAACAAUAGAGUAAAAAAAUUGAGCAACACUACUAAAGCACAUUUGGCAAAAACGAUUUGGAAAUUAAUUGAAGCCGAAGAUGUGUGGAUUUUUGUUAAAUCACAAGCACUGAAAUUGCUUAAAAGUGUGGAGGUAUCAACUUCUGGCUUCGUUGAUUCGAUUGGAAAUGUCAGACUACACACUAGUAAAUUGAUGAAUCUUUUAUCUGGGGAAUCCAAUGAAGAGAUUAAGCUCAGCAUUAUAGAAGCGUUAGGUCCAUAUGUUGCUAAACAACUUUUAUUUGAUAAGGGUGAUCUUGAAAAUGUAAAGAAAUGGCUCAAGAAAGUUGAAUUGAUGAUUUCUGAUGACUUAGAAUAUGUUGUUCGUAUGGCAGCGUUGAAAUCAUUGACUGCAUUCCAUCAAACCUACUCUAGCGAAGGAGAAAACGCCAAGAUUAAAUUUGAGGUUGAAGGAUUGCUAUUCAGUUUUCUGACUGAUGACGAUGAAAAAAUAACACAAAUUGCCGCCGACCAUUUGGUUCAAUAUGUAUUAAAGAUACCAGGUAAACAAAGCAUUUUACCUGUAGUUGUUGAAAAAUUAAUGAUUGAGUAUUUCUCUCAUGUUAAGGAUGCUAAGCUGCUGUCAACAAUAGUAGAUCCUCGAUAUUUUAGGUUUUAUGACAUUGACACUAAACUCGAUGAUAUUUUAAAGUCUGAUUCAUUGUUAUUCUCGGUCGAAAAGAACAACCUCGAGAGAAAUCCAGUCAACAAGGUUAAUGAAUUGGUGACAUUGUUUGAUAACCUACACUUUGCAAGUGUUGACUUUUCAUUGCUGAAAAAAACUUUACUGAGGAACCUAAGUGAUAUUUAUGAAUAUCUAUCACAGCAAGAUUUGAAGGAUGGAUGUUUCGGUGUUUUGAGUAACGAUAAGGUGUUUGACUUUAUUUCAUGCCAACUAUUACUUUUAAGAUCUUUGAAACAGCACAAUCUGAUUGAUUAUAACGCGUCAAAGAUAGCUAAACUUUUAUUAUUAAAUGAUAAACAGUUCCAUCCAUUAAUCUCGAAGAUAUUGUAG